UUUCCCUUUAAGCGACCCCCGGCUACAGCUGUGUGCUGCUUCGCCCAGUGAAGAAGAUGGUAGCAACUCAGGAGUAGUGACUCCAUCUUGGUCAGCACAAUCCCCUCAGCAUCAUGUGUCACAGCAGGUUGGUGGCUAGCAGCUGUGCUGGUGUUGUAUCAAAAUGUGCUUCCCCAUCGAAUGGUUUCUCCCUUCCUCAACAUGUAGUGCCCCCCGUCAUGGUUAGGGGUAUGGCUAAGGGUUGGGCCAGGUUAACACAUAUUGACGGGGAAACAUCUUCAACACAACAGCGGGUCAAAUCUGUGUAACAGCAGCAACAGAAAGUUUGGCGAUCCAGCUGGGAGUUGGGGCUCUCCAGUCUCCAGGAGCUGGUUGGAUUUGGGUUGCUGCGGCUACUGGUCCAUCUCUGGAGCUGCUGCCCGCUCUCCCCCCGGCACUCUAGAUUCUCUUUUUUAUGAGUCUGUCUUUCUCUGCUGGAUUCUCCGCCAUCUGAAGGUGUGCCUGCACGUGUGUCUGCAUUUAUGGAACAGCCAAUAGGAAUGCACUCUCUCUGAAAUGACGUGUGGUUGGCCAAAGUGUCUCGUCAAAGCCUGAAAACAGAGCGAAGAGGAGGUGCAGAAGUCUAGUUUUCUCUCAGACGACUUGAAUUACAAUAAACUCAAUUGGAAUUAUGGGAUUUUUGCCCAGUGACCUCAAAAAAACUGCCUACCCCAGCUUUAAAUGUUUAACUUGUAAGGGCUCUGCUGUUAAACUGCCAAAUCUUCUUGCGCUGCACUUUUUUGAGGCUUGAGGGUGAGAAUUAGCCAACAAAGACACGUUUUAUAUGAAAUGCCAGGAGAUAAUCUCAGUGUUUUGGGUGCAAUACGUCGUUUUAGGGCUUUUCAGAUGGAGGGAGGAGAGAUUUUGUUGUAUUUCCUUGGGAAUAAGAUUACCAAUCAGGAGAUUAACCCCAUUCCUGUCAGAUUUUUGAGUUUGCCUAAGGAGAUGGUUUAUCUGCACUCUCCAUUAACUCCAGCUGUUGAGGCAGAUUAGCAGAUUUUUAAUUACUGACUGAAGGCUUUUCUCAACUUUUUUAAAAUAACACAUCUCUCUCAAUCUGUCCCUUUUCAAGAGCUGGAAUUGUAAAGCACUUCUCUGAAGCGUGAGUGCAAAAUGCCGAAGUACCCCUAUCAUCUCCUGACACCUAAAUUCUCUCCUCCUUUGUCAGACCGUGGAGUCGCCUCCUCUCCGCUCGCUCCUCCUGCGUGCUGCUGAAAGCUGAAAGAGUUAAGAAGAUUUGGCAGCUCCGCGGCAGCCAGCCAGCCGCUCGAUGAAAGUGUAGAGCUCCGUCCAGUCUCUGGGGAAUAUUUUCCCAUCGUGUAUGAACGUUUUCCUGCACAAACCUGCAGGAGCUGGAGGAGGAAAGCUUUUGGCAUAUUUAAGGAUUCAGACUUUAAGGUUUUUCUGGUCCUCGUAAUCAGUCAGCAGGAGGUUGGGGUCAAAGGUCGGGGGUCCAGUGACCAUGAGGCAGGCGGUGGAGGCUCAGGUGUUGAACCCCCACUGUGAGCUAGGAGAACAAGGCCUGCGUCAGAUCCUGACGGAUGUGAUCGAGGAGGUGAGGUCGUCGGUAAAUCAGGACAUCGACGGAGCGGAGAUCCUGCACAGUCUGCUGAACGCCCCGUGGCUGCAGUCGCUGCUCAAGGUUUACGAGUGUCUCCAGAGGCACCUGAGGAACUCCCCAGCACCAGCUCUCGACUACGCUUCAGGACUUUCACUUCAGCUGCUGAUCGACAUCAGAGCGUUGCCGGGCUGCUCUGAAGACGCCAAAGAGCUCUACCGCCUCCUGAGACAGCCGCACCUGCAGGCUCUCCUCUCAGCUCAUGAUACGGUGGCCCAGAAGGACUAUGAGCCGGUGCUGCCGCCAAUGCCAGACGACCUGCCGGACGAUGAGGAGGCCACCAGGAUCGUCUGCCUGGUGAAGAACAAGCAGCCUCUGGGAGCGACCAUAAAGAGAAACGAGAUCACAGGGGAGAUUUUUGUCGCUCGGGUGAUUCACGGAGGGCUGGCUGAUCGCAGCGGUCUGCUCCAUGCGGGGGACAGGAUCAUAGAGGUGAAUGGUUUUCCCGUGGAUGGGAUGGAACCUGAGCAAGUCAUCCAGGUUGUGCAAGCAAGGUCGCAAGGCACCAUCAUGUUCAAGGUCGUCCCCAUCACAGAGAGGCCGGUCCACAACCAGACGAUGCUCUACGUGAGGGCCAUGGCCGACUACAGCCCCCAGCAGGACCCGACCAUCCCCUGCGCCGACGCUGGUAUGAGCUUCAGAAAAGGUGACGUCCUGGAGAUUGUGGACCAGACAGACGCCCUCUGGUGGCAGGCCAAGAAACUGCCCAGCAACAUGGCCUGCGCCGGCCUCAUCCCCUCCACCAACCUGCUGAAACGGAAGCAGAGGGAGUUCUGGUGGUCUCAGCCUUAUCAGCCACAUGCCUGCAUACAGACCUUGAGCACUGUAGAGGAAGAGGAAGACCUGAUGGCCAUCGAUGAGAGAUGUGUGGAAGCAGAUGAGGAGGCAUUUGAAUCUGACGAGCUCAGAGAAGAGGAGGAUGACUUCAGCAGCAACAUUGAAGGGAUCUACUUAGCGGGCUUCAGGCGCAGCAUGCGUCUCUGUCGGCGGCGAUCUCACAGCACGGUCCAGCCGUCCUGCCACACCCGCUGCCCCAGCAGCUGCUACAGCGCCCUCAACAGCCCCUAUGAGGAGGUGGUGCGCUACCAGCGCCACCCGCAGGAUGCACAUCGCCUCAUCGCCCUCUUAGGUCCGUCCGGUGUGGGUGUGAAUGAACUUCGGAGGCGCUUGAUUGAAAUGAACCCCAACAUCUUCCAGGGACCUGUACCUCACACCACAAGAGCACCCAAAGGAUACGAGGAGUCUGGCAGAGAGUAUCACUUCACCAGCCGGGAAAUCUUUGACAACAUGAUGUAUAACAACAGGUUUCUGGAGUACGGCGAGUACAAGGGGAAUCUGUACGGCACCAGCGUCGAGUCUGUGAGGGAAGUUUUAAGCAGCGGAAAGAUCUGCGUCGUCGACAUAGAGCCUAACGCCAUUCAGGCAGUGAGGACCCACGAGCUGAGGGCCUACAUCAUCUAUGUGAAGCCUCCGCCACUGGAGCGCCUCAGGGAGACCAGACAGGACUCGUACAUCACCACCAACUACUACGUCAACCGACCGUUCAAAGACGAAGACUUCCAGGAGAUGGAAGACGCCGCCCGGAAGAUGGAGUCUCACUUCUGGCAGUUCUUCGACUACGUAUUCGUCAACGAUGAGCUGCAGGACUCCUGCGUCCAGCUGCUGACGGCGGUGAGGAAGGCGCAGGACGAGCCGCAGUGGGUCCCCGCCAGCUGGAUACGACCCACCGCCGAGUCGUAAGACAGGACGGAGGAGGAGGAGAGGGGGCAGGAGAGAUGGGACCCCUGUUAUCAUGGCAGCAUAUCAUUUUCAUUUUACAGAUUUCUCACUGUAAAAUCUCAACAUGUGAAUCAGUUUUUACUUUUUGGGGGAGUAGGGCAUGAAAGAAACCUAAAUAUUUUGAUCUUGUUACGUGGGUGCUUGAUCUGGUUUUUAAGUCUCUGAAGUGAGCAGAGCAUCAAAGCAAACACGGUGUUCACAGCUGCACAAGAGCAAAAUAGGUUCAUUUCUUGCCCUGCUCCUCACUCUUUUACACAAACCUGCAAUAAAGAAUGUGAUAUUUUUCCAAUUGAUGUUUACAUUACUAGGAAACAAAGUGGGUUCUUGUGAUAUGGUUUUUUUUUUCAUUCUGAAUUUGUGUAAAUUUUGUGGUUUGCUAUAGCCCAAAUGUGUCGUUGCAUGCCAAAAAAAUUACUAAACAACAACAAAAACAAGCUGUUUGGCACAAAAAUGACACUUUGUGACCUUAUUUAAUUUAAAAUAAUGUGAUAACGUGCAAAAAUGCAAGCAAAGCAGUGAUAUUUUAAUAUUUGUACCCGUUUGUGACGUUAAUAAACCACUUCUGAUAGUAAUUUA